GGGUUUGGUGGAAGCAACGUGGAGUAUCUCAUUCGCCAACUGCAGUGCCACAUGCAAGACGAAGGGCACAAUCUAUCGCAUUCGGCUCGUAUUUCGUAAUAUGCUGCCACGCCUGAGGCUCUCCUCGCAGUAUAUAAAUCCGCAGCCUGGCCAAGAGAACCUUUCGAGCAGUAUACUACCUCAGCAAAGUUCCAUCAUGUCCCUCAAGUACAACAAAGUCCUCGUCAUCGGUGCCACGUCAGGUAUCGGCCUGGCGUAUGCGGAGAAAGUGGUCGGAGAUGGAAAGAAGGCUAUUGUCGUCGGGAGGAGGAAAGAGAACCUGGACGAGUUCGUGACGAAGCACGGUAAAGACAAGGCUGAAGCCGUCGUUUUCGACAUUACCAAACUCAGCGAGAUCCCCAAGUUCGCGGUCGAUAUCACGAGCCGACAUCCGGACCUUGACUGCGUUAUUAUUAACUCUGGUAUCCAACGCGGCUUCAACUUCGCCCAACCGGAUACUGUCGACUUGUCGGCCCUGGAGUUGGAGUUCAAUACGAACUACAUAUCCUACAUCCACCUCACGAAGGCCUUCAUCCCGCACCUACAGAAGCAGGACAAUGAGACGGCCCUCAUAUACACUUCAUCCGGACUCGCGCUGAUCCCUCUGCUCAUGCGCCUGAACUACUCCGCUUCAAAAGCGGCGCUACACCACUUCCUUCUCUGUCUCAGGGAACAGUUGAAGGAUGGGCCUGGAAACAUCAAGGUCAUCGAAAUCUUCCCGCCAGCCGUGCAGACCGAGUUGCACGAUGAGAAGCACCAGCCUGAUAUAAAGAACGGUCGAUCAAUGGGCAUGCCGCUGGACCAGUUCACGGAGGAGUCAUGGGCCAAGCUUGUGAGAGGAGACGAGCAGAUUCCGGUGGGCUUCGUAGAGAAUGCGUUCGAGAAAUUCGAGAAGACGCGUCAGGAAAUGUUCCAGGGAAUGGUGCAGAUGUCCAAGCAGCGAGGCCAUUGAACCAGGGCGCCGGGUGGUUGGAGUAAGUGGACCCUGGAUGUUUUGAGCAGCACCAGUAGUCAACGCAAAAGAAGAACAGAUCUCAUCGCACAAGGCUUCUCGGAUUGAAGGAAUAGUGC